ACUAUACCAUCCUAGAGUUGAGUCAUUCUUUUGAGUCACGGGAUAAGAUACGAAUCCCUUAAAAUUCGUUGUAUAAAUGUUUUAAUUUUCUUUAUUUUGUUUGACUGAAUAUAUAUCUAUCGACGUUACCUAGCAAAAUACAAAGAACAAGAAAACACGAUGGGUUUGCUUACACCGGAUCAGCUCGAAUCCUUCAACUCUCAAGGUUAUCUUGUUAUUGAAUCUUUUUCUAGUAAGGAUGAAAUUGAUAGCAUGGUAAAGAGGAUGGAACAGUUAGUCGAUCAAUUUGAUCCUUCUUCCACCGCCUCUAUUUUCUCCACCAAAAACCAACAACAGUUGACUGAUGAUUAUUUCUUCGAGAGCGCUGAAAACAUUUCGUUCUUCUUUGAGGAGAAAGCUUUUGGUGAUGAUGGUAACUUAAAGCAGCCAAAGCAAUUAUCCCUCAACAAAGUUGGCCACGCACUUCAUGAGAUUGAGCCUGCAUUCAAGAAGUUUUCUUCUUCUGAGAAGGCUUCAGGUUUGAUGAGCUCCUUAGGUUACAAGAGACCAGUAAUCAUGCAGUCUAUGUAUAUAUUUAAGCAACCUGGCAUCGGGGGUGAAGUAGUGCCUCACCAGGAUAACUCGUUUAUUUAUACCGAACCACAAACAUGCACAGGACUGUGGCUGGCUUUAGAAGAUGCCACCAUAUUAAAUGGUUGCCUUUGGGCAAUUCCUGGAUCUCACAAAAAUGGGCUUGUCAGAAAAUUCUUCAGAGAUGAAGAUGGUGUCAAAUUUGAUCGGCCAUCACCAUCUUAUGAUCAAAAAGAUUUUGUUCCUAUUGAAGUUAAAGCCGGAUCUUUGGUUGUCAUUCAUGGCAAUCUUAUCCACCAAAGCUUUGAAAACCAGUCUACAAAAUCGAGACAUGCAUACAGCUUGCACGUGGUAGAUACUGUUGGCUGCAAAUGGGCAGCAGAAAAUUGGAUCAGACGGAAAGUGGAGCCAGAACCACUCUAUGUAAACUAACCAUCUUUGCAAAUGAAGAAAAACAGUAGAAUUCUUUUUCUUUCAGUCUAAUGUUUACAUGGUAAGUUUGUGCUAAAACUAGGUAUUUUCCAAUUGUUGUUAAAACGUUGUAAUAAUAUCAAUCCCAAGUGCUGCUACAAAAUGAAUACAUUUAAUUUCUUUGGCUUCGGGUUAUGAAUAAGAGGAAGACCAAGGUGUAAAACACUGGGGUUACACAAUAAAAAAUAUCGACUACUAUGCUCUAAAUAUAUAGAGUAUAUCCAAACAUUGGAUGACUAAAAUUCUCGUUCAAUGUUGAAAAAUUGUUGUUGAAUGUUGGUCA